GGUGAAUUCAUUAUUACAUAUAACAAUGGCAGAUUGGAAAAAUUUGAUAGUUGAGUGGCUGCAAGAAUAUGCAUCAUUGCAAGAGAAUGAGAUCAAAAGCUUUGCAGCAGAGCAUGAGCACAACCACGAGAUAGCCACAGCCAUUUUCAAGCUUCUGUACAAUGAAGAAGAGGGUGAUCAUAUCCACCACUGUGCUUCGCAGAUUGAAGAAAAAUAUGAACAGAUGCUAGAAGAUGUGUGCACACAACUAUUCAGCUUCUACAGGUCCAAGGAGGUUGAACUACAAAGGUUUACUCUGCAAUUUUUGCCCGUCCUUAUCUACAAAUAUCUAAGUGUUGCGGCACAGGGCUUGAAGUCUUACCGCUGCAUUGAAACAUUGCUUAUAGGGUUAUAUAACUUUGAAGUUGUAGAUGAAAAUGGGAAACCUAAAGUUGUAUCGUUUCGGUUGCCAUCAUUGGCUCAGGCUUCUAUUUACCACGAGCCACUAUCUUUAGGCCCACAGUUUCUGACUGAAAGUGCACUUCGAAGAUGGGAGGAAUGUAACACAAAAUUAGUCAGCUGGGGUCCACUGUCUCAAGUGGAAAGUAUCAACGCUCAAAAUAGAUUGAAAGUAAUGUCAGCGUUAUUGUUCAUAUACAAUCGCCAGCUCAGUUUACUGCCAAAACUUGCUUUGAGGAAUUUAUGUAUUGCAGCUUCAAGAAUAGUCACUCAGGGUUUUACGAAGAAAAAUAGUUGUUCUCGUAAUACCGCCAAAGUAAUACCAAGGAUCCCAGUGUCGCCCAGUUUCCUGCUAGAAAUGAUAGAAGGAGCAUACUUCGCUAUGUUUAAUGAGUUCUAUACAUUCGCUCUGGCGGCUGUGAAAGACAUCGACACGAGGGCUCAGUACGAACUAUUCCCUGACGUUAUGUUGGUCACCAGCGCUGUUAUCAAUUCAUUGAAAAACAGCUCAGGUCAACCGUCUGAUGGACCAAUGGGCAUAAGCGUCGCUCUGUCGCCAGCUUCGACUACAGUUACGAUGUCAAAGUCCAUGAUUACCAAUGCUUCAUUUCGGACUAAGAAAUUACCAGAUGACAUACCGAUACAAGCUGGACAGGCAGUUCCCACCGACCCACCGGACGGACUCACAUCAAUCACGGAGGAAGGAGAAUCUGACCCUGCAGCCCAACCUAUACAACGUGGCGGGGUGGUCCGCAACUCCAAGCCGAAACUCAGUGCGUUUCCCGUCCUCGGCAAGAAGACUAAAGACGGCAAAGACAAAGCUGCGGCCAAUGAGAAAAAGGUCACACUUAAGGAAUCUUCAAAAGGGAUAUGGAAUUCGCUCAGUGGCGGUGGAGGCGACAUGGUCGACUCACAGAAAUCUAGCAGCAUCGAGGUAGACGCGAACGGUAGUGUUAAAGACGAUAAGAUAUCGAUGUCCUCUGUGCUGAACAGUACGGAAAACUCCGACAGUCGCUCCCAGGUGACUACCGACUCGUUGGAUAUGGAGACGACUCCUCGUUUCGCCGCCAUGCAAGUUAGUUCCGUAUAAAACUUAUUUCCAUUGCUUCCAGUUUCUCGUUGUUAUUUCCAUUGUGGUGAAUGUUACUAUGUAGGUUAAGAAUGAUGUAGAUAUAUGAAAGGUGGUAGUGAUUAGGGAUGCACGAGUUUUUGCUUUGAAACGAUUUUUUGUAUCGUAAUGGAUCAUUUAUGCCUCUUAAAUGGAUCUCAUAAAAAUCGUUUCAAAAUUUGUAAUAAUUAUUACAUGAUUUAAUUGCCAAUCGUUUACAUUAACUAAACUUUCAAUAAUGAUGUCAUAUAACUUAAUGCCCAAAGCAUUGUCCUCAUCUUUAUGAGACUUUUGUUUAAAUUAUGAAUACGACCUAGACGAUUCAAUUCGCC